GGCAUUGUGGGUGGCGGCGGCGGCUGUGGCCUUCCCGUUUCACUCUGUUCUCAGCAGCGGUGGCGAUGACGGCUUGCGCGGUGGCAGUUGCCGUUCGAGGCCGCUGCUUGGCAGCGGCAGUGCUGAGCCGGGCUAGGGCCGCCGCGGCCUCCUCACUGCCCUGGGGGGGCCUCCGUGCGGCAGUGGUGGUGGUGGGGCCGUGGGCAGGGCCUGUCCCCAGGCGCCACCUCUCUUCGCGGAACCGUCCUGAGGGCAAAGUACUGGAAACAGUGGGUGUAUUUGAAGUGCCAAAACAGCAUGGCAAAUACGAUACAGGGCAGUUAUUCCUCCAUAGCAUAUUUGGAUACCGGGGAAUAGUUUUGUUUCCUUGGCAAGCUAGGUUGUAUGAUCGAGACGUUACUUCUUCAGUGCCUGAAAAGGGUGAGAAUUCAGCUGGCCAUGGAUCCAAAGAAGUGAAGGGGAAGACGCACACUUACUAUCAGGUGCUCAUAGAUGCUCGCGACUGCCCCCAUAUAUCACAGAGAUCUCAGACAGAAGCUGUGACGUUCUUGGCAAACCACGAUGACAGCAGAGCUCUCUAUGCAAUACCAGGACUUGACUAUGUAAGCCAUGAAGACAUCCUUCCAUACACAUCCACCGAUCAAGUGCCCAUUCAGCAUGAACUGUUUGAACGGUUCCUCCAAUACGAUCAGACAAAAGUUCCACCGUUUGUGGCGAGGGAUACACUGUGUGCUUGGCAGGAGAAAAACCAUCCCUGGCUGGAACUCUCUGAUGUGCACCGGGAAACCACUGAAAACAUCCGUGUCACGGUCAUCCCUUUCUAUAUGGGCAUGCGAGAAGCCCAGAAUUCCCACGUCUACUGGUGGCGCUAUUGUAUCCGCCUGGAGAACCUGGACAACGAAGUGGUGCAGCUCCGUGAAAGACACUGGCGGAUAUUCAGCUUAUCUGGCACACUGGAGACUGUUCGUGGCCGGGGAGUAGUGGGGCGAGAGCCAGUCCUGUCCAAAGAACAGCCAGCCUUCCAGUAUAGCAGCCAUGUCUCUUUGCAAGCAUCCAGUGGCCACAUGUGGGGCACUUUCCGCUUUGAACGACCCGAUGGCUCUCACUUUGAUGUCCGAAUCCCACCUUUCUCUCUGGAAAGCAACAAGGAUGAGAAGACGCCCCCUUCUGGUCUCCACUGGUAGAGCAGUCCUCAGGAAACCAGGCGUCCAGGACCCCCCUCUUAAAGGGCUGAAAUGCAUUGGGUUUUUAAAAACGUUUUGAUUCCCUCCCCCCGUUUUUUCUUUUACCAGCUGCUGAAUUAUUUUGGGGGGAAGAUUCUGGAGCAGCUUUUAAAUUUGACUCACUUGGCACCAUUAACUCUUCCCCCCACCCCUUGGUGCUUGCUAGAACGCAAGCUGGGGUGUCUAGAACCAAGCUGCUGUGGAUGGAGCCCCCAAAGUCUGCUGGAUGUGUGAACCACUGUGAUGUGUUCCCUCCCCAAAUAAAGAAGCCUUCCCCAGUUGUAGGCCAGUCUUGCUUCCUAGCCCUGAGACAUCACUGUCUUUCCCAGUAAUACCUUUUCUAGAUUCUUCCAACUCUGACAGAGGUGGCCUCCCAUCACAAAGUUGGAGGUGGGGUAUGAUAGGAAUGGGGAAAUGCCCCAGGGCUGCUGCAUCCUGUCACCCUGGACUACACAGCUGGAGCACUCACUUCAGUACUGUUCUUUCCAUUGCUUCCUUUUAGUAGGAGCCUGAAACCCCUCGGUACUUUGGAUAGGCUGUCUCUCCUGCAGGAAUAUAUUGGUGGGCGAUUCUUUUCCAGAGUAAGUGAGUUGCCAGCUCCUACCACCCCCACCCCAUGGGCUGGGCCUUUUGCUUUAGUAGCUCUCGGUCACUGUGUGGCAUCUCCUGCCUCUGUGUUGUAUCCAAUUAAUUCACUGGGUCUUUUGUCUGCUUUGGUAGACAUGACAGAGUUUAAUACCUAUGACAGGAGCUGAGAAUAAGGCAACAGGAUUACAAUGUGUGGGUGGUAGUUUGCUGUUGCACACUGUCUUGCUGUUAAAGCAGAUUGCUUUUCUCCCAUGCAAAGCUACCAGUUGUUUCCCACUUGGGUUCCUGGAAUAUACUCCCUUUUGGGUUCCUGGUGCUGUCUGGGAGAAGGGCAGUUGUUUUAAGGUCCAAAGGCAGCAGAUGCUCAAAGGGACAAGGAGCACUUUGGCCUCUAGUUAAGCACAGCCAGAUGUACUGAGAUGAGCGCCUUUUAGCUGGUCCUUUCCUUCCUGGAUUGCAUAUUUUUUCAAGCAAUCAAAUUUUAAUACCUCUUACAAUGUAGCUGUUUCUUUGAUGAUUCUACUGUAGCUACUGCAAAUGCCAAAGAGGCUGUAACAGGCUAGGGUGUUGUCAGAAACAGCCCAGUGGUGCAGCUGUGGUAAUGCUGUACUCCCCCACCCAUGUUUCCACUCUGCUGCUGUGUCUGGCAACAGCACUUUAAAAAACAACAACUGAGCUUCAGAAUUGGAAGAGAGUAGCACACUGUACAUCUGAGAAGGCUUUCUCCUUAGUCCUACUUGUGGUUUGGGGUAGUUGAGCAAGCCAGCAGUGGGAUGGGGGAGCAUUCUUAGAUGGAGUGCCAAGGGGGGAGGGCUCUUCGGGGUGGGUCUGGGAGUGUGGGCCAGUUUCCCUGGAAGGGGCAAAUCCUCACAUGGUGCAUUGGAGCUCUCAGGCUUUUGCAGUGGCUGGUUUUGUCAUGUAAAUAACUGUAAAAAAAAUUCACUAUUCAAUAA